AUGUCGACCGAGGAGCUCUCGUACCUCUCGCACGCCCGCUACGGCAAGGACAAGGUGCGCGUCCUGCGUGUCGUCCGCGAUGGCGCGUGGCACACCGUCGUCGAGUACAACGUCACUGCGCUCGUCGAGGGAGCGAUCGAGACGAGCUACACGAAGGCGGACAACAGCGUGGUCGUCGCCACGGACUCGAUCAAGAACAUCACCUACUAUCUCGCGAAGACGUCCCCAUACGUGCUCGUGCCGGAGCGGUUCGCGAUCCACCUCGGGACGCACCUGGUGUCCAAGUACGCGCACUUGACGAAGGCGUUCGUCGCCGUCGAGCAGCUCCGGUGGGCGCGCGUGCCGGUCGCGCAGGGCGCGGGCCAAAACCCCAAGCCCCACCCGCACUCGUUCUUCCGCGACGGGGACGAGAAGCGGUUCGCGCAGGUCGAGAUCGACGCGACGGCGGGCAAGGAUAAGCUCGUCGCGCGCGUGACGUCCGGCCUGCGCGACCUGCUCGUGCUCAAGAGCACCGGGUCCGGGUUCGAGAACUUCGUGCGGGACGAGUACACGACGCUGGCCGAGGUCGACGACCGGAUCUUCUCCACCUCCGUCGACCUCUCGUACACCUUCGCGCCGCUGCCGGUCCCCGCGCCCGCGGACGGGCAGGGCCGCGAGCUCGUGGCGCCGGCGGAGAAGGGCACGGCGUGGGACGGGGACGCGGUCGCGGCGGCGGCGCGCGGGGUGACGCUCGAGGUGUUCGCGACGGACGAGAGCGCGAGCGUGCAGGCGACGCUGUACCGGAUGGGCCAGCGGAUCGUGGCGGAGAACGGGGGGGUGCAGACGGUGUCGUACGCGCUCCCGAACAAGCACUACGUCCCCGUCGACAUGAAGUACAUCGGGGUCGACAACUUGUCGCCGCCGAAGGCGGAGGUGUUCGUGCCCCUGGCGGCGCCCAGCGGCCUUAUCACGGCUACGGUGUCCCGCAAGUGA